AUGGCCUCUAAUCCGACAAAACUGAGCAAUGAAACCGUUUGGUUUGUGACUGGUUGUUCAUCUGGGCUUGGCAAGGCUCUUGCAACUACUAUCUAUAAUUCUGGUCAUCACAUCGUGGCCACCGCCCGCAACAUCAAAUCGCUAUCAUAUUUACCAGAUGAUGCGAGAGUGCUUAAAUUUGCACUUGACGUGACCUCACAAGAAUCAAUUGCUGUCGUCGUCAACAGUGUCGUUCAAACAUGGAGUCACAUUGAUGUUUUUAUCAACAAUGCUGGUUAUAGCUUAGUCGGAGAUACCGAGGCGAUCUCCGAAACCGACGCCAGACUUCAACUUGAGACUCUUUUCUGGGGACCGGUUCACAUCACAAAAGAAGCACUACGAGUCUUUCGCGAAGUUAACCCCCAAGGUCAAGGAGGUACAGUCCUCCAGAUAUCUUCGAUGGGUGGAUGGUGGACCGCUCCAGGUCAUUCAUACUAUCAUGCCAGUAAAUUCGCACUGGAAGGCUUCACUGAGUCGGUCGCCCAGGAAAUGAAUCCUGACUGGAACAUUAAGCUUAUGAUUGUUGCUCCUGGGGGAAUUCGUACAAAUUUUGCCGGGCCCAACAUGAAUAUUGCCGCCCGACACUCUGCUUACAAUACUCCAAACACCGUAUUUAACCAGAUUUUGGAUUAUAUCACAAAUCCCGAGUCUCAAGCCACAUGGAGCGAUCCUAAUAUUUGCGCCCGUCUGAUUUUCGAUACUGUUGUUGCACAGAACGAGCGUCAGCUGCCUAUGCGACUACUCUUAGGGGCCGAAACUAUCCCUUUAAUUAAGGGUGAUAUUCAGAAGACUUUGACCGAAAUCGAUUCGUGGGCGGAAGAAACUGUGAAAUGCUCUCCAGGUGGCGGUGCAGUCUUGGGGUCAGGGUCAUAG